AUGAAUCAUAGGUCAAUACGGCCAUCCAGUGCCUAACAAAAUGUAUCCCAUAUAAGUGAUAAGAAUGUAUCCUUUCAUAAGAAGUACUAUAAUUCGUUUACUCUUAGUCCUUACAAGUAGCCAAAUGUAUAGAACGUUUCAUCAUACAAGGCCAAGGAGAGCGAAAAAUUGUUUGAAGAGAGCCUCUAACUGAAGCUGUUAAUGAACUAAUUGAAAGAUGAAAAUAUUAAGCUAAGAACCAGAAACACUAACUUAGAAAAAGACUUAUAAAAAUGUUAAAAAAUUAUAGAAGAAGUAGAAACUACUGGAAAUAUGAAAAGAUUUUAUGCUAAACCAAGCACUGAUAAUUAAAUGAUUCUGAGUUUCAAAGGUUAAAUUAAAGAAUUGCGAUAAAACCUUGAUUAAAGAGAAUAGGAAAUGUUAGCACUUAAAAAGACAGCUAAGUAUACUAAACUUACAGAAAUGGAAAUUGAACGUAAAAUGCUAUAAGAUGAAACCAUUCGAUUAAAAUAAGUUAUUGAUGAACUGAUACAAUAAAAUUUAUAUGCUUAAUAAAAAGAGCAUGAUUAAUAAAAAUUAUAGGAUAUGAUUUCGCAAAGAGAUAAUCUUAUCAAAUAAAUGCAGUAAGAUAUUGAAUCAUUCGAAUCAGAUAACUAAAACCUUUAAUCGCAAUUAUAAAAGCUCAUAUCUGCCUAUCAAGAUCUUGAUAAAGAAUACACAAAACUUAAUCAAACAAUGUAGACUAAAAUAAAAUAAAAGGAUAAGUAAGUAGUAGAACUCAAAACCUAACUUACAAGAUUAAAAGAACAGUAUGAAAAAGAAAAGAAAUUGUUAUAAUAACCUAAAUUUAGUCCAACCCUUAAAACACACAAUAAAGUAACAAACCGUAUUUAGAGUGCUAAACCACCUGAACAAAUUACAAAGCCGAUUCAAUUUGAUGAAGUAACUUCUAUCAUAGAGGAAAUUAAAUAUAAAUUAAUCGCUUUAUCACUACAUUCAAAAUAAAUCGAUACUUUACUACUCAAUUAAUCAACAUAAUAAACUACAAUAGGAUAGUUAACUGAUAAACUAAUAAAUGAUCCAUUAUUCCUCAAUAAAAAUGAUGCUAACAAUUUUGCUCGAUUUUUAAUAGAAUCUCCACAAUAAAGGUACCCAUACACUCCCAAUUUAUCCAUUGCCUAAGAUAACGGAUUGAUAAGAGGUAUGUUUUUUAAAGCCAUUGGAUUUUGGCCUUGUUAUGAUUAAGUUGAAAAGAGAGUAGUAGAAUUGUGCUUAGCUAAACUAUUCUAAGGAUCUCUCAUUCAAGUAGAAAAAGUUAUGGGCAAAAAUGUUUAUAAAAAAAAGGAUUUUAUAACUUAAAUUUAAAAAAUUCUGCAAAAAAAGUAGAUCAGAGAAUUGGAACUCACUUAUUUAAUUUCGAAAAUCAUAUUGUAAUCAAAGAGUCUCAAUACUUUAAAAGGAGAUGUUUUUGUAAAAUACUUAAGAGAAUUGGAAAAGUUAGAAAAUGAGGAAGAUAUUCGAGCUGAGGAUCUCUAGUAAUAUUACGACAGUUUAGGAUAAGAUAAAGGAUUCUUUUUUUAUAAGUAAUUAAGAAGCAAGUAGGAAUAAAUGAUAGCACUAUUGGAGACUAAGGAAGACAAGGUUGAGGAAAUAGAUAUUAAUUAAUUGAAUGAUGGGAUUCCAUAGAAGUCAGUUUAAUAAUACAUAUUAAAAGGAGGAUUAGUAAGGAGUCAUUCUGAUCCAGAUCCUUUAUAAUUAAUUCUAAUUUAAAAGAAUGAGGAAGAAGAGGAAGAAGAAGAGAAUUAUGAAUAAUAGUAAUAAAAACAUUACUAAAAUCAAUAACAAUAUGAAAAAAAACAUUAUCCUUAUAAUUUUGAUGAAGAAGAUGGUGAAUAUGAAAAUAAUGAGGAAUAGAAUGACGAUUAUUAGCUUGAUUUAAACAAUGCUCAGAUUGAAGAGUAAGAUUAAUAUUAGGAAGAAGAUGAUGAUUACAAUAUAAAUGUUGAUGGAGUCUUUGAGGAAGAUAAUGAUGAUGAAAAUGAUUAAUGGGAGAGAGUUGAAAAUAAAGGCAAUUUUCCAGUUCGAUAAGAUCGAUAAAUACCAAAUAGUAGGCCAACAUCCAGUUAUGUAAAUAAAGUUAACAGAAGUAAUAGUGAUGUCAAGGCUAGUUUGGCCUCAGAAUUGCAUCCUACUAAAGAAAUAAAUGAAGAAGAAUAUAUGGAGGAAUAAUUUGAAGAAGAAAAUUGA